UUUUCAUCUCAAAACGUAUGACAAAAACAGUUACUUUGAGUGCAAAACAACAAAACAGUUGAUUGCGUGAGAAAUCAGUCGCUCAUCGAAACCAUUAUUAAUAGCAGUCAUAAUAAUCAGUGUUUACAUCGACUGCACCACAAAAUGCUGUGACUCUACCACCGAUUGCCACCGGAAGACACCAGUGAAGACACCGCUGAAGACAUGGGCAACUCGUUGGUGGGGUCGGCCCCGCAGGCCAUACACCCGAUCGAGUACUACCUGUCCGAUGUGGGCGAGUUUCAGUACCAGUGCUCCCUCGGGUCGACCCGUUUCCUCAAAGUGGCCAAAUGUGGUCACUAUGAGGGCGAGUGUGUGGUGAAGGUGCUGGCCGUCGAGGACCCCUCCCUACCCCUCGCCGCCCACAAGCAGCGCAUUGAACGCCUGUCCGCCCUAACCGUCCGCAACGUGUCGAUCGCCGCCUUUCACAGGGCUGUCAUUCAGGGCUCGUUCGCACUCAUCGCCCGACAGUACGUGCGGUACUCCCUGUACGACAGGCUCUCCACCCGGCCCUUCCUCACGCGGCUCGAGAAGUGUUGGUUAGCCUAUCAGCUGAUCCGAUGCGUCGAUUGGUGUCACAGGAAUGGCGUACAUCACGGAGACAUCAAACUCGAGAAUAUCUUGAUUACCUCCAGCCUAUGGCUCGUGAUGUCCGAUUUGGCCACUUAUAAGCCCGUCCUAUUGCCGCACGACAACCCGUCGGACUUCUCGUACUUUUUCGACACAUCCCGGCGCCGGUGCUGUAAUAUAGCGCCCGAGCGGUUCGUGAGCGACAGCGGCUCCGGCCUUCAGUCGGACGUAUUGAGCGCGACGUCGACGCCCACCUCCAGCCCCUCGACGGACGCCCAGUUGACCCCUCAGAUGGAUAUGUUUAGCGUCGGCUGC